GGCGAGGGGAGUGUGUAGCAGUCGUCUCACGGAGCUCAGCGCUGCGGCCAGUAGCGUGGCGCUGGUGGCGCUGCCAUGGCGCUCUCCGCGGGGCCCCUCAAGGUCUGCAUUGUGGGCUCGGGAAACUGGGGUUCUGCAGUUGCCAAAAUAAUAGGCAAUAACGUAAAACAAUUGCAAAAAUUUGCUUCUACAGUGAAGAUGUGGGUCUUUGAGGAGAAUAUUAAUGGGAGAAAACUGACAGAUAUCAUAAACAAUGAACAUGAAAAUGUAAAGUAUCUCCCUGGAUACAAGCUUCCAGAGAACGUGGUUGCUGUCCCAAACCUUAAUGAAGCUGUACAAGAUGCAGACUUGCUGGUUUUUGUCAUUCCUCAUCAGUUCAUUCAUAAAGUCUGCGAUCAAAUCACAGGACGAGUACCUAAGAAAGCGCUUGGUAUAACUCUCAUAAAGGGAAUAGAUGAAGGCCCAGAGGGACUCAAACUGAUCUCUGACAUUAUUCGAGAGAAGAUGGGAAUAGACAUCAGUGUGCUGAUGGGAGCCAACAUUGCCAAUGAGGUGGCAGCAGAAAAAUUCUGUGAAACCACAAUAGGCAGCAAAAUCUUGGAAAAUGGCCUUCUCUUCAAAGAACUCCUGCAAACUCCAAACUUCAGGAUAACUGUAGUAGAUGAUGCAGAUACUGUUGAGCUCUGUGGUGCUUUGAAGAACAUAGUAGCAGUAGGAGCUGGGUUCUGUGAUGGCCUUCACUGUGGUGAUAAUACCAAAGCUGCUGUUAUUCGCCUUGGCCUAAUGGAGAUGAUUGCCUUUGCCAGAAUUUUUUGCAAAGGACAGGUGUCUACUGCCACUUUCCUGGAGAGCUGUGGAGUGGCUGAUCUCAUCACAACCUGCUAUGGUGGCCGAAAUCGACGUGUAGCAGAAGCAUUUGUUAAAACUGGAAAGUCUAUUGAAGAAUUGGAGCAAGAAAUGUUGAAUGGUCAGAAACUACAAGGACCACAAACUUCUGCAGAGGUGUAUCGCAUCCUCAAGCAGAAAGGAAUGCUGGAAAAGUUUCCACUAUUUACUGCUGUGUAUCAAAUCUGCUAUGAAGGGAAGCCUGUCAGAGAGAUGAUAUCCUGCCUUCAAAGUCAUCCAGAGCAUGUAUAAAGCCAGUCAGGCCAUCAUAGUAAUGCAGCUUUCUGCCUCUCAAACUUCUAUGUGGGUUCAAGUGGAUGAUGUAUCAUUAAGCUUUGUUCAAAGCUACUCACUAGGCAACAAUAACAAUAUGAAUGUUUCUGACUGGGUCUUUUUUUUUGUUACACAGCCUUAUUUGAUUCAGCAUGCAGUGUUGGCUUGGUGAUUGUCACUUUACUGGCUCAAAUACAACUCAUUUUAGAUCACAAUGCAGAAAUUGCACUACAUAUCUUGUGUAUAUACACAAGUGUACUUUGUGUAUGUUCCUACAACAUAAACCACAAUGUUUUGUUGUCUCUUAUGAAGGCCUAGUCAAAGAUACAUUGGACACAGUGGGUGUCCCACUGGUUUUGAUGAAGACUGAAUGAAGUCUGUAACUUUGAAAUAUUAGGAGCCUUUCUAUUAGAACUUGGUUUUAUUCUCUAUAUACAGUUAAAUUUCAACAUUUUGCCUGCCUAUGAUUAUAUUAAUUUAAGCCAUAUUAAUGCAAAGUAAGUGGUGGCAGUUAUUCAGGGGACUAUAGGGAUAUUUUCAUUAACUCUAGUGAAGAAUAUUUUGAUUUUUGAAAGUUUUUAAAGCUAUCAGACUCUUGUGAAAGCGAUUUCUAAGUGAAUUUAAACUUUUUAAUUACACUGUUUUGAAGGGAAUAUGCUAGCGGGGGAUCAUUACUUCCCCCUCUGUUUUUUAAUCCUUGCAUUUUUAUAUUUUUCUGUUUCUCCCUUGCCAUUCUCAGGUUUUAGGCUCUUCUGGAAUCCCAUUCCCCAAAACAAGUAGGAGGUGUUGACCAGGGGAUUCUGAAUGCUAGAACCUAUGGUUCAUUUUAGUGUUACACCUGUGGUUGUUCUUCACUGGUAUUGUGUGGUAGGUGGGGAAGGAUACUCUUGGACAUCCAUUGCUCUAAAUUGUCAUGCUGUGUUUCUGGCUACAAAGUGUUGCACUCCACACAGCACUUGAAGGAAUAUUUGGGGAAUUCCCUGGUAGACCAUGCUUGUGUUGUCCAAAGAGUGAUGUGCCAGUAUUCCAACUGCAUUCAUUUCAGUGCCUGCUAGUGACUGACUUGUCAACUGGACUGUAGUCCUGAACCAGCCUCCCCAGUGAAAAGGUGAAUUCUGAAAUUAAUCUUUCACUGGACAAAACUUUAAUGGGUGCUGGACAAAGACCUUUACAAUCUCCCAGAAAGUUUCUCAAAGGCACCUGUCUAUUUUAUUCCCUAGGUAUCUCAACUAUUUUUUCUUCAGGCACCUUUGCUUUAUGAGAGAGAUUAAUGUUAUUUAUUAUUGGAGAAUCUGUGAUUUUGUGGAGUUUGAAGGUGAGGUUGGCUUGAUUUUGAUUUAUUUUUUUUAAGAAAGUUGAUGCAAGAGAAGGUAGAUAAAUGAAAUCUGACAUGCUUGUCUUGUAUAUUAAACUAUUUUUUUUGUAAAAUAUAUGCUAAUUACAUUAAGAGUGGACUCAGUCUUCCAGCUGGGAGGCAAGGGUUAGCACUGAGAUUUACAGAGUUCAGUAAGAAAGCCCAUCCACUCUGAAUACUCACUCCAAAACUCUGAGCAGUAUCAGAACUGUUAUUUACUGUUCUCAGUCAUGUUUUUAGACCAGAAAUUGUGAGCACAAAUGCAUCUUGGAGCUUUAAGUUGUUAUUCAAAGCUUGCUGAAAAAAGGCAAUGCCUGAGAAUGAUGUCAUACUUAUUUAAGUAGCCUGGAUUACUCUGAAACAAAGGAGCAUUGGGUCAGCUUUGUAUAGACAGGAAGAUGCCUCAGCUCAGGGGUACCAUUCUUGUGCUCCUAUAAUGCUUUUAAUUAAUUUUGAGAAGAUCUUAUGAAUGUUAUUAGAUACUCAUUGAUAAGAAAAGUUAUUUUGCCUUAUUUCUGAUCUAGUACUAAAUAGGACCGAUGACUUAGAGCUUAAGUAACAUCAGGUGCUGCAGUUAAGGAAUCACUGGUGGAGCUGACUUGGAGUAAGCACUGUGCUUGGAGUCAAGAUUGGAAGCACUGUUACAGUAACGCACACAUGGAGCAUACACUCCUCAUUACUGCCUAACUCUUAGUGUGUCUGCUUAUGCUUUGUGGUAUUUUCUUUCAUACCAAGCUGAUUUGCUCUGCCUUUAUAUGUACAUGUCUAUACAUAUAUGAAAACUUUUUUACAUGCAGUAUGUAGAACAGUAGCAUUUUGUAAGAUAAAGGGCUAUAUGAGUUAAAUGUGGUAAAUUAAUAUAUAUUUUAAGAUUAUUUCUUUAUUAUUGCAAUACUACUUCCACCACUGAAACCCCAAAAUCUUGUUUUGUACAGAAGCCUAUUCUAAGGCAAAUCCAAUUUUUUUUCAAUUCUUUCCUUCAGUGUGUAGUGAAAAUCUUGUAUUUUGAGAGAAAAGGCAAGGUUUCAUUAACUAAUUUAAAUUUCUAUAGCUACUUCACCAUUUGUGUUUGCUUUUCAGUGCUUGAAAACAUUUAGCUUGGCAAUAAAUAUUUUUCCCCCACUAAUAUUUACUGCUUGUUAAAAGACUCUGAUGUGAUAUACUUGAUCUGAAUGAUUAGAAUUCUGUUCUACAAACGCUCCAUUUUGCCUGGUACUGGGACAGUCUUCUGAAGACAUUUAAGCCCUGUGUGGAGGGUCUUAAAUUUGGAACUAAUUCUUGAUUUGUGAACAUUAAUUGCUAAAGAAGGCAUUAUCUUCUAAUGAUACAUACUUGACUUGCCCUACACAUGUGUAUUGAUUCUGUUUAAAGAUUGUGAAUGUAUACUUAUUUGAAGAGUUACUACAAGUAAAGAUUUUUGU